AUGGAUGCUCUGAAAUCAGCUGGAAGAGCGAUUAUCAAGAGUCCCGGAGUUCCGCGGCACACAUGGGGCACCUCCAAGCACGAAAAGCUGCCAGAGAACUGGACAGACACCAAGGAGACCCUAUUGGAAGGGAUGGUCUUCCAGGUCAAGUACCUGGGGAUGACUCUGGUGGGACAGCCUAAAGGAGAGGACAUGGCUGCUGCAGCUAUACACAGGAUAGUCUCUACGGCCCGGGCCAGUGCUAAGAAGUUCCGUAAGGUGACCCUGACCAUCUCUCCUAAAGGAAUCAUCAUCACAGACACAGAGACACUGGACCUCAUAGAGAACGUCUCCAUAUACAGAAUCUCUUACUGCACAGCAGAUAAAACUCAGGACAAGGUGUUUGCCUACGUUUCCCAGAGUCAGUUCAAUGAGACACUUGAGUGCCACGCUUUCCUCUGCCACAAGAAGAAGAUCGCCCAGGCUGUGACGCUAACAGUAGCCCAGGCCUUCAAAGUAGCUCUGGACCUGUGGGAGAUUGCUCAGGAAGAUAAAAGUAAGAAGGCCAGGACGUGCUGCUCGUGUUCUGUCAGCGAUGGACAGACAGAGACGACAAACACACACUGUGUCUCAGACUCAGAGAAGCACCAGCCCCUGGAGAAGGAAGAGAAACUGAGACGGCCAUUCUUCUCCAUGUCGUUCAGCUCACCCCGCAACAAACCCACCCGGAAACGACCAAUCAAGCACGACUCCUGGGACGUGGAGGACGGCCUCGAUGAUGCCUUCUCAAGGUAA